UUACCGCAGGAUGAUGGUAAGAUACAUAUCUUGUUUGGUGCAUGUGGUAGUGUUGCCAGUGCCAAGAUCAGACUGAUUGUGAAAAGACUUGAAGAUAUUUAUGGUAAAGACAAGCUGUCGAUACAGCUGGUGCUAACCAGUGCAGCCGAGCAUUUCGUUUCACGUACAGAUUUUGGCCCAAACGUGUUUAUCUGGCGUGACAAAGAUGAAUGGUCCACGUGGAAGACCCGUACAGAUCCAGUAUUACACAUCGAACUGCGUCGUUGGGCUGAUAUCUUGAUCAUUGCUCCGUUGACAGCCAACACACUCUCCAAAGUUGCUCUUGGUAUCUGUGAUAACUUGUUGACAAAUGUUAUUAGGGCUUGGAACACACAGUAUCCAAUUGUUAUGGCUCCUUCCAUGGUGAGUUAUGCGUACAACUCUGUACAGACAAAGAGACAUCUGAAGACGAUAAAGGAAGAGAUGCCAUGGAUCGAAGUUUUGAAACCAGCUGAAAAGAUCAUUGGAAGUUAUGGGGAUAUUGGUAUGGGCGGAAUGAUGGAUUAUAACGAGAUUGUGGAUAAGAUUGUU